GGGCCAGCACAGCUGAAGGAACCCCGGCUUCAGCCCAGAACCCGGUGUUACUCAAGGCGAGAAGUCACCAAGAUGGAUCUCCAACACACUAUGGGACAGAGAAGCAUUCUCUUUGUGAUGAUCAGCCUGCUCUACGGUGCUGCUGCCACCAGCAAGAUUCAGGCUCAUUUCAACGAGACUGCAAUUUUGCCAUGUCAAUUUACCAACCCUCAAAACAUAAGCCCGAGUGAGCUUGUCAUAUUUUUGCAGGACCAGGAGAAGUCCGUUUUAUAUGAACUUUACCUAGGCAAAAGGAUAUUCAAAAAUGUUGCUUCCAAGUAUAAGGAUCGUCACUUAAGCUUUGACAAGGAAAGUUGGACCCUGUACCUCCACGAUGUUGAGAUCAAGGACCAGGCCACAUACCAAUGUUUCGUCUAUCAUAAAAGUUCAAACAGACACAUUCUUAUCAAUCAGAUGAGUUCUGAACUGUCAGUGUUUGCUAACUUCAGUCAGCCUGAAAUCAUUCCAGAUUCUAAUUCAUCAGAUACAUCUUAUGUAAAUUUGACUUGCUCUUCUACACAAGGUUACCCACCACCUAAGGAAAUGUAUUUUCUGGUCAAGAAUUCAACGGAUAAUUCAACUAGCAAGUAUUCUGCUACCAUGCAUCCAUUUCAAGAUAACGUCACAGAACUAUACCGUGUUUCCAUCAGCUUGUAUUACACCAGACCUGAUAAUACCAUGAGUGCAAGUAUUCUGUGUGUUCUCUGCCCCACAGAUGCCCUCCCCGUGCAACCUGGGCUGCAGAAGACGUGUCUUCACUCCAAACCUUAUCUUAUAGUUUCUAAGAAGAAAGAACCACGACUGAGUCAAAACGAUUACAUCAUCUGGGUUGCCACGGCUGCUGUCCUUUUACUGCUCAUUGUUGGUCUGGUGGGCUUUCUAAUACAAUGGAAGAAGAAGAAGAAGAAGAAACCUGACCACUCACAAACCAUCAAAAUGGAGAAGAAAGAGAAUGCAAAGUUCAAGCAAAGAGAAGAAGACCAUACGAUGAAAAAGUCUGAUGAAGAAACCCAGUCUGAUGUUAACAGCUUGAAGACACCUUCUUCAGAAGAUAAAAGUGUUACACAUUUUUAGUAAAGAGAAUAUACAUGUCAUACCAUUUCUUCUAUAUGUAUCUAGCCAAUCUCUUUGUUAGCUUUCUAAACCUGCCCAGAAGAAAGCCUUCUUUUUGUGCCAGCUCCAUUCUCAAUGCCAAGAGCUAAUAACUGUUUCUUUUCCUCUCAGCACAUACUUGUGAGCUAAACCCACUAGAAUGGUGAUUCCUAGUCCAGAAAUAAAGUUUGGGAUCAUUGCCUCCUGUUGCAAAUCUAA